AGGCAGGCAAAACUCACCAGCCAGCAAUCAUGGAUAAUAAGGAUUUUACAAACGUUUAUCAAAAUGUUAAUACCAGUAUCUAUGGGAUUCCAGAGUCUGAGGACGACAAAGGGAAUCAUCUUUAUGAUCAUGUCCGUGAAGAUCUAGCAUCUCCUUCUUCUACAACUACCAAUGCAGAGAGCAUGGACUUUGGUCUAGAGAGCCCAGAAGACAGCCGCAGUAAUUCUGUGGCCUCUCAGCAUGGGCUCGAUGGGGAGGACGGUUCUUCUUCAUCUCACCAUGGUGCUGAAGACUACCAGGAGGAGAUGGAACUGAUGAGCCCAACUCAGGAAGAUAAACAUGUAGGGGGCAUGAUGUUUGAGAACAGCAUGCUUUCUCCUACUGGUUUCCAUGUGACCUCUCAGCGUGAUUUUGAUGGGGAGGAUGGUUCUUCUUUUCACCGUAAUGCUGAGGAAGACCACCAGAACCAGGAGAAGAUGGAUCUGAUGAGCCCAAGUCAGGAAGAUAAACAUGUUGGGAACAUGAUGUUUGACAACAGUCCUCCUACAGUUUUCCAGCUGCAUCGGAGCCAGAGCACUUCUUCCAACUCUCCAACUUCCAUCAAGUUCCCCCUGAACAAUAACUUUGGAGAAACGGACAACUUUCAGGAGGACUAUGAGAUAUACAUGUUUGUAAAGGCUGGUAUAGAUGGAGAAAGCAUUGGGAACUGUCCAUUCUCCCAACGCCUCUUCAUGAUCCUCUGGCUCAAAGGAGUUGUGUUCAAUGUCACCACUGUUGACCUGAAAAGAAAGCCAGCUGAUCUACACAAUCUGGCUCCUGGGACCCACCCACCUUUCUUGACUUUUAAUGGAGAAGUCAAAACAGAUGUUAACAAGAUUGAGGAAUUCUUGGAAGAGACUCUUGCACCUCCAAAGUAUCCCAAGCUCGCUGCCAAGCACCGGGAAUCAAACACUGCUGGAAUAGAUAUCUUCUCCAAAUUUUCUGCAUAUAUAAAAAAUACCAAACAGCAGGAUAAUGCUGCCCUUGAAAAAGGUUUGGUGAAAGCUUUGAAGAAGCUGGAUGACUAUCUGAGAACCCCUCUGCCUGAGGAGAUCGAUGCAAACAGUACUGAAGAGGAGAAGGUGUCUAAACGCAAAUUUCUGGAUGGUGAUGACCUGACUCUAGCUGACUGCAACCUUCUGCCCAAACUCCAUGUUGUUAAGAUCGUUGCAAAGAAAUACCGCAACUUUGAGUUCCCAACAGAGAUGACGGGGCUAUGGCGGUACCUGAAGAAUGCUUAUGCCAGGGAUGAAUUCACCAAUACCUGUGCUGCAGACAAAGAAAUUGAGCAAGCCUAUGCAGAUGUGGCCAAGCGGCUCAGCAAAUCCUAACUGACCUCAGCACAGGCUCUAUAUCCCUGAGGGAUCCCCAUCCUACAGACUCUUCUCCUUGAUGCCUUAAGAUAUACUUAUGAUUGUGCUGUCUGGUUGGCAUCCAUAUGAUUCCACCUGUUAAAAGUAUAUUGAUCCAGGACAAAUUUGCUUCUCCCUGGAGAAAGCAAAGGCAACUCUAGUGGAGGGGUGUAGAAACCCUUUCAAAUCUGAACCUAAGAUCUAGCACGACUAGUAUUAUUCACAAUCAGUAUUGGAAAUGAGUCCUCCUUAUUAGUUUCUUGUUUCAUGCUGGAGUAUCUCACCACCUGUUUUAUUUGGAGUUUUAAAAAUAAGAUAUUAGCUGAAAUUUCAGAUAAGUCAGUUAGGAACAUAUCGAACUGAUUCUUCUCUAGGUUAUUUCAAGGAUGUCCUUUUCUAGUGUGAUAUAUCCACUGCUACUGGGAUCCUUGAGGCAGGAGCAAAAUAUGAGUGAGGGCAAAAAAGAGUUUGACCCUAAAGGAGACAUGCUCUUAGCACUUAUAUUUAAAAACCUCUCUGAAUGCAUCUUCUGUCUUAGCAGGCCCAGGAGUUUAAAAGGUAUUUAUUUUUAAUUUGGCACAAGUGGGGAAAGCCUGAAUGAAUAUGCCAGAUUUGCAGAUGCUACUUUGCAUAAAAUUUACAUGUUGCUUUUGGAUCCAAACAUUUAGAGGAAAAGAGAGUGAACAUUUGAGCGAGUAGCCCUUGGAAGAGGGGUGCUAAUAUCCCCAGUAAAUCUGCAAGUUGGUAGAGACGCUGAGCUACCACAAUAACGGGGGCAGGGUAUUGACUCAAGUGAAUAGGCUGCAUCUGCACAGCUAACCCAGCCAUGUAAAAUAUUGUCAUCUUAACUGUGUAAUUGCCAGUUCUUUUGUAUUGCUCUCUUGGGAAACUUGGAUGGCAGGAGAAAUCUGUUGCUGCGUACAAAUUCCAGACAGGGGAAGCACUCUCUCCCGCUUUGCUCUCCAGAUGGGUCAUUUUCAAGCACUCAUCUUCCUUUCCAGGGAGCAUUUUGCUCUGCGAGUCUCAAGGAGGGCAGGCUAAAACAAAGAGAAGCACAUUCCCGGUCAGAUAUUUGGCAGAUACACUAGCAGAAAUCCAUACACGAUGCCUUUGUCCCCCUCCUCCAGGAUUUUUCAAUCCAGGUGGAACGACUGUUGGUUCUGCUUUCUCAAACUGAUUAUUUUGUUGUCUGUAGCAAUCUGCAUGAUGCAAUCUGCUUGAAAGUGGUGACUAGCUGAACAUUAAUUUAGCAAAUUAAGAAUGACAGCUCUUUUGUACAAAGCUCACUUGCCCUAAUAUGUACAAAAGUGUACAUGGCUCUCAGCCUUCAAUUUGAGGGGUUUUAUAGUUGUUUUGAAAGAUAAAAUAAAAUAAAGCUGAGCUUUAGCAUGGUGUGCACCCCCCCCCCUUCUGAUUAGAGCUGUGAAGACCUCCACUGAUUUCAGGGGAAAUCCAUGCUGGUAAGCUGUGACCUAGGGGAACCUCGCAACAGGCCUAUUUGCGCUCAGAAACCUGGAGGACUGGAGGCCUGAUACAAAGCUGGUUUCUGCCCUAUAGUGCUCAUGACGAUCUGGAGCAAUUCUGUUGAUUUGGUGGGAUUAUCUUGCUUUUCACACUGACUCAACUGGGAGCAGAAUGUUGCUUGUUGACCCUGAAGAUACUUCAUAGCUGAUUGUUUUGCGUGCAGUGACCAAUUUGUUCUGAACUUCCCAAAACCUUGGAAGAAAAUCCAUGAACUUCCAAGUCUUCCCUUAGAAUGGGACAUUUUAACAUUGGCUAGACUGGAGGGCAAAGGCUCACAGUCUUUAAAAUACUGCUGAGAAAUCAAAUGGCUUGAAGAACACUAAUAGCCAAAAAAUCUAAUGAGAUUAGAAAAGUACAUAAGCACAUUCGGCCUUUAUUUAAAAAAAAAAAAAAAAAAAAAAAAAAAGAAAAAAACCUUCAUGGGAUUAUUUAUGAUUUUUUUUUAAUUAACUUGAUUAUUUAUUUAUUUAUUUUAAUUUUCUCAGUCCUUUCUGUCUGUCUUUCUGUUUUUGUUUUCACCCAGCCACUGGUCUAGAUGACUCCAUCUGUUUAGCAAAGUAAUAUUACCAGUGCUCUGCAAAUUCAUUUCUAAUGAAAAGUCUGUUCCCUGAUUAACAGUCAGUGGAUUUUUUGCUUUCAAUAUGGUUUGACUAAGAGCAUACUGAUCAACAGAAUCUGCAUUUUUCUCAGUUGUCAUGUUUCAAGUUUGUACUUUAAUUAGUGGCUUUGCUUAAUCACAGUUUUAGUGGUCUUUGAAGAUGUAGAGGCAGUUGUAGAUUCUUGUUCUGUGCUUAUUAUAUUUAGCUCCUUAAAAAAGAUUGUGCAAACACGCAGCAGAUCUCAGGCAGGGGAAGUGAACCAGUUCAACGUCUCUCCUGAUUUCUUCAAUCUCUGUGAAUCUUCACCAAUUUACUGAGUCCUGUGGUUCCAAAAUGUUCUAAUAUGUCCUAAUGUCCUUUUUCUAAAAGAGGGCCAAAUCAAAAUCAUUUGAUCUCAGCAACUUCACAUUGCAUCUAUUUUUUAAAAAAUGAUGUUUACAAAUGAUUGUGUUUGUACCAAAUAGAAAAUGAGUUUUCAGUGCAAUGAACAUUUUGUAAGAUAAUAAUUCAGGUUUGUUAAAUUUUUGUAGGAUUUCAUUAUAAAAGAUGAAGAUCCCCAAGCUUACUUUUUAAUUAAUUAAUACAAAACCUAAAUAUUUUCAUUUUCUAACAAUACCCCCACAAAUUCAACUAAAAUGUAUUGAUGGAUACAGAAAAAAAAGAGAAGAAUGGAACACUUUUCUGAUCACCUACAGCGCCCAUUCUGUGUGAAUUCAAGUCUCACUCUACAUCAACGUUGCAUUUUAUUCAUAACCCUAUAAUCGACUGAUCCAAGAUUAUGGACAGGUUCAGGCGUUUUCUGGCCUUUGUUUGCAUUUGAAAUCCAAGCUCAUGUUUUCAGAUCUGUAACUUUUGCUCACCUUUGUGCUUUUUGGCUUUAGCCAUAGUCAGAAGCAGGAAAUACUGAAAAUCCUACACAGAAAAGUGUUUUGCUGGGAUUUUUGAGCUCAGUUUUCAAGACUCAGGAUCCAUCACCAGUGAGAUUUUAAAGGGCUCCAGACUCCUUUAUGCAGGGUAUUUUUGGUGACCUUCCAUUGUAUUUAGAAUUAUAAGUAAUAAAUAUUAAUCAUACAGGAUUCUAUAUCUGCGUUGGCAAGGCAGCAUUUCUGAAAAGAAUCUAAGUGACAAGACAGACAUUGCAGAUUUACAAUAACUUUGUUCAUAAAUUUUUUGCAAGAUGUAAAGAAAGACAUAGUGCAGAGGGGGAAGAAGCCAACAAUAUGGAUUUAAUCAUCCACAUUUCAGAAAUGCAGACCAAAUGUCUGUAAAGAUGUCCAUUUCAUCCCAACGUUUCUUAGAUAUUUAUUUCAAAGCUCCCUGUUCACUCAGUCCAACGCUCCAUCCAUAUUGGAACUAAUAUUGAUUUCUCUUCUCUAAAUGGUAAAAUGAGGGUGAUAAAGGGUCUCAUAUACUACUUACUCUUAUUUUCUGUUAUGCUGUUGGACUUGCCAAUAAGCCAUCUUGCUGUACAGGUAAGACUGAGAAAGUAUCUUUUCCAAAAGUAUUUAAAAUAAGGCAUCUGGCAAACAUUUUUUUCCGAUAGAAACAAUCUUUUAACAAUACUGCUUUAUCAGUACGUGGUAUGGCCUAUGCAGCAAAAGGCUGCAAGCGCUCGUCGCGGGUUCACGCAGGCGGGAGAAACGGCAGCGUGUAUCAGAGAGACGUUGGGCACGUUUGUCUCCUUGCGAGAGAGAUUAGCUGAACUGCACGUGGCAUUUUAAUUCGAAUGUAUAUUUAUUUUUAACCCCAGCCGCUUUUCCUCUUCUUUCGUCCCUGCUCGAAGACAGCUUGGGGUUUUUUUAUGUUCAUUUUCAUGGACAGUAGCAGAACAAGGAAGAAAUAGGGCCUUGUGCGUUAGAGACAAAAAACCCUUUCCUGUAGGGUAAGCGCAAAGGCCGCUGCUUGCCGCACUGCUCCCACCACUGUCCCCGCAGGGAAAGGGAGAGGCCAACAGUGAGAAGAUCCGUUCUGCCUUGACGGAGUUUGGCUGAUUUUAGGAUAUUGCUAAAAUUUAGGCAGCAGAAAUGCAGCGUAGCCAAUUCUGUAGUUAUGCAAAGCCCCCAAAGCCCAAGGAAACAUUCACUUUUUAAAAUUAAUUGAUGCUUUAAGAGGCAAAUAACUCGACAGUCUUGUGGCUCCCCUCAUGUAUUCUUUCAGGCAAGGGGAAGUUUGCAUUUGUUUAUUAUUCUUCUAGAUAUGAUUAUUAUUUUUGAACUGCUUUUGAUAUUAAUGAAUAGUUUUCCAGUAAGAUUUUGCUCUUCUGCUGAAUCUUUCAUAUCUUCAUUAAUUUUAAUGUUUGCAAUGACCUAAUGAUUCCGGAGGAGGCAGGAAAGAUGUAAGGCUUAUACUUACUGAGAAGUUGAAGUAGGUAAUGAUUUUUUGGAGAAAAGAGUAUUAAAAGCCUUUAAAAAGAUCUAUACGUAUGUACCUUUUCAUCUGGGCUAUUUUAAUCAAAAAUGAUAGACUGCUUAGUCUAGACUCCAAUUUUCAGGACAGACCUGAGCAAAUCACGAUAUUUAAGGUGGCCUUGCCUGGGGAUUUCUCCAGGAUACGUAGCGAUGUCCCUCUGAGUCACAGAAAUUCUCCUGUUUCCUUGCUCUGGAGGGAUCGUAAGCUGUAAACUGGGUUUAAACAACACAAAGGUCUGAACAGCCUCGUGCAACUCAGACGCUCACCACGUGGCCUCCUGGGGCACCAGCACCACUCCGGAGACCAAGGCAGCCUGUCAUCCUCCUGUCGUGAUGUGUCCAGUCCCAAAUCGUUCGGCCCUUUCGCCAUUUACUGAAGAGAUGCUACAGCUGAAAAUACUCCAGAGGACGCACUUGAAUGCGGUGCGUUUUGCGCCGUGCUCGUCACCUAACCAGCUCUGACGUAGGACGUUGUCCCAGCGCCGCAGGCUGUGCCGCUGCAGCCAGGUGGACAACUCGUCCUCUGCCUGCUGGGCUGGCAGCGCUCUGGUGGGAAACGCAGGCUCCGAGGCUGCUCGGCCGGCGGUGGGCGGCCACGGUGAAAGGUCUCGGCGUCACCCUUCGCGGAGCCCAGCUCGCUAGCCGGAGCGCGUGAGCAGCUCGGCUGGGGCCGUCAUCCAGCACUAAUGAGCAUUUUUUACUUGCAGCAUGUGAAUAGAGACUACUCAUGUGUUUAAUGUUAAACAUGUGCUUGCCUGCUUGGCUGGAUCGGGGCCUAAAAGUCAUGACGGAAAAACCUGCAUUAAUAAAGAGCGUUAUGAUUGCGUUUCCUUUGAAAUCCAACGGCAGAAUUCCCAGCGGGGGAAUUCCCGGUGGGAAUGCCCGGCAGAGCCCAAGGCUACGCAGGCAUGCAGAUGUUUCACGAGUGAAGAUGUCCGUAGGGAAGGGAGAAUACUCAGAGGGGAAAGGAAACAGUGGCGUGUGGGUCUUCCCGCGGGAGCGAGCGGAGCGGGGAGCCCGACGCCGUCCCCGCCGUGAACGGCUGCUCGUUCAGCCUCGUUUAUCACCAGCGACGUUUUGGGCGAAGCUGGGACCCGGCCACGCUGACACAGUGGCUGGUCUAAAGAAAACCAAGAAGGGCGGGGGAUUUCUUGUGUAUAUAUAUAUAUAUAUAUAUAUAUACACACACAUGGAGUAAAAACAAUCCAAAUAUGCUUUAAUGGUUCCCAACAUGAUACUGUCAAUUCUCACCGCAGGGUGGAAUUUGUUGGUAGAAAUUAAAUUAAAUUGAAAUAGAAAAGCUUGGCUGUUGCUAAUGGGUACUACCGGGAGCCCUAAAAGCCAUUCAGAGCACGGAACCAUAGCAGGAGCGAACAUCCUUUAAUUCCCAGAAUCACUUGAGUUUCACAUGGGCCAUUUCAGCCUAUUCUGGUGCACUGCCCUUUCCCUGUCUCUCUAGGUCUAUAAACUCCGAAGAAUUUGGGAAAUGGCUAAAGGCAGCAAAUUAAUCUUUUUCUUCUUUGCUUCCCUUCAUUAAGUUAACUGCUCUAGUUUGGAAAUAAGUGAUAAAUAAAUAGCAUUUACAAACAGCGGAUUUCUCUGCUUUUUCAUUAAGGAAGUUUUUAAAAGCUGUCAGGAAAUAUGAGGUUAUCCCCAGCUUUGGGAAUAAACUGUGGUAGAAAAUAUGAUGUAGGAGGCGUGAUUCUGACUAAAUCAUUUAAGCAGGAAGAUUACAGUUUAUUUUAAGGAGCAUGUCUAGGACUGAAUGGACAGAAUGAUCCAGAUAUUGCACUAAGGUCUUAAGCUUCGACGAAUCUCAGCUUUUUAGGGAUAAUUGACUGUACAAUGCUUUGCCUACAUCGAUUGGCAGCUGUUGGGAAAUUAUUCCGGGAAUUACCCCUUGCCUUUUCAGCUGGUAGAAAUAUUGAUUAUUAUUAGAAGCGAGAGCAGCAACUGGAUCUCUUUGUUUCACCUUUCUAGUGGAUAGAAAACAUAGAUAUAGCCACUUAAUUUAACUGCAUCGUUUAUUUCAAUAGCAAAGCGUGUUGGGAUGGCAGGUGGCGUAAAGAGAAAAAUCCUGCUCUCGGAGUGACCCCGGUAGCAGCUGAGGCUUCGCUUUUGGUCCCAGCAGAAUAACCAAGAGCCGCACGGCUUCGUGGUGCGGGAGCAGGACCUGAAUUCAGGGGUCUGGCUAGCUUAGCAGUCUCUUUGCAGCAAAAAGGGUGACGUACCGUUUGGCGACCCGAAAGGGACCCAGUGGGGUUCGGAAGGCGGACGCGGGUGUCCCUGGGGGACCUCUUUUUCCCUUUUUUUUUUUUUUUUUCCCCCAAAUGAACCAAGGCUCCUGCCUCGUAUUCUCUAGAAAUUCAUGAACUAGCGAGCGGCGGAUUUAUUUUUCUAGUUUGUCUGUGUUCAGUUCUAAAGCCUGCAAAUCAAAAACCAAGUUGUGCAGGGAGAUCUGGGGGGUGAACAGCAAACCCAGUCCCGGCUCAUUGAGGGCACAAUCCUGUUAGGGGUCUGUGCAGAAGGAGAGCGCGGGAAGCCGCUGCGGGAGGCACAUGCUACCCGUGAGCAACGGCAUCAGGAGCCAGGCUGGAGGUCCUCAGGGUUGUAUGGGCAAAUUUUCCGUCUUCUGUGUGAAAUAAUCCUCUUUGGAGACUUGAGCAGCCCUCAGCUGACCCACAGUUGCUUAAAAAUUGCAGCGACGUUCAGAACCGAAACGCGGAACGUGCACGAUGAUGUGACGAUCAGGCACGGCACCUCUUUGGGGCAUUGCACAGGCACAAAAUAAUCCAUUUGAGAGGACACUCAAAUUUUUGAGGGACCUGUCUGGACCCAGGUUCAAGGGUUGGACCUUCUCCACUAAAAGGGCCCGAAUCUCAGAAAUACCUGGUGUCUCCUGGGAGGGUAACCACCUGAUCUACUGGGAGAAAAGCAAGAUUUGUAACUCUUAAAGAGAGUGCAGGAAUUAACCUCAGACUUGGGCCUGGUAAGCUUCAGAAGUUUGUUUAUAAAUGACUAUUUUAUAGUGGUUGACAAUGAAAAGUAACUAUGCAUCUGAGGGUCUCCAUCAGGUGAAAAAGAAAAACAGGAUAAAUCCCUUCGCAUACUCAUGCUUUUCAGGGAAGGCACACGCUCUGUUAAUGGGUAAUUUUAGACUGGACUGUAACCUUUUGGAGUAAGAGCUGCAUAUUUCUUCUCUGCUUGUACAGCUCCUAACACAUGGGACCCUGAUUAGAGCCUUUGUGUGCUGCUCUAACAUGCAUAGUAAAUAAUAAUAGGAAUAUUGUAAUUAAAAUGUCAUUGCAGUUUGCCUUGAAUAUUAUGAUUGUGUGGCUGUACUUUAUCAACUGUGAAUAAAAAUCAAUAUCCUUUUUGUAUACUAGGUAGUAUAUUUUAUUAUUGAAAAAAAACAGCUGAAUUUCACUUUUAAAAGAAAAAGUAUCUGCUCGUUAUUUCUUUUUAAGCCUUUGGAUUAAAAGUGAGCAUUUCUUUUGUAUCCUUCAUAUGAAGAUUGGUUGAAUGAAGAAAUCCACCUUCCUUGACUGGAACUGUUUAUAAUCUUAUAUACCAAGAAUGAUUAACACCUGAUAACUGAAUAAAAAAGUGGUGUAUUUUCUCA